AUGACUGACUUAACUGAACAAGUUCAUGAUUUCAAUAUCCAAGGAGAAAAUGCAACAUCUGCUAAUUCUUCUCAACAUUCUUAUGUCCCGCCUCAUAUGAGAGGCAAGAGUAGCGGUGGGAAGAUGAGGCCUUCUAAUGGUUCCAACGGAAGUAAUAAUUACGGCAGAAGAGCUCCAUUAGGUGAAUCUUACGGCGGCUACAGGGAUGGUGGUGGUCCUCCUUCUUCAAGAAGGGGCGGCAGUUACUUCCGUGGUGGGUCUUCAUCAGGAAGUUUUAGGGGAGGUGGGGGAGGCCGUGGAGGCGGUUUUUUUGACAGAGAUAGCUCGUUUAUGAGCAGAGAUAGAGGGUUUGGUACUGGUGGUGGAUUAGGUAGAGGUACUGGUGGGAGAUGGGUAGAUGGGAAACAAAUCCCUGGCCAAAAAAAUGAAAGAUUAGAAAAGGAAUUGUUUGGUGUCGCUGAUGAUCCACACGUUCUUUCAUCUGGUAUUAAUUUCGAUCAUUAUGAUGAUAUACCCGUGGAAGCUUCUGGGACCAAAGUUCCAGAUCCUAUUGAUAAAUUUACUGCCCCUCAAUUAGAUGAUUUAUUGUUAGAAAAUAUUAACUUGGCCAGAUUUUCAAAACCAACUCCUGUACAAAAAUAUUCUAUUCCUAUUAUUGCUAAUGGUAGAGAUUUAAUGGCAUGCGCCCAAACUGGGUCUGGUAAGACUGGUGGGUUCUUAUUCCCCGUCCUUUCAGAAGCUUUCAAAUCCGGUCCUUCCCCAACUCCUGAACAAGGUAGAAACUUUUACUCCAAGAAAGGUUAUCCCACUUCUUUGAUUUUGGCUCCAACUAGAGAGUUGGCAACUCAAAUUUUCGAAGAGGCAAAGAAAUUUACUUAUAGAUCUUGGGUGAAACCAUGCGUUGUAUACGGUGGUGCCCCUAUUGGGAAUCAAAUGAGAGAAAUCGAUCACGGUUGUGAUUUACUUGUUGCUACUCCUGGUCGCUUAAGUGAUUUAUUGGAACGUGGUAAGAUUUCAUUACAAAAUAUUAAAUAUUUAGUAUUAGAUGAAGCUGAUAGAAUGUUAGAUAUGGGGUUCGAACCGCAAAUUAGACAUAUCGUGGAAGGCGUUGAUAUGCCACAAGUUGGAGAAAGGCAAACUUUAAUGUUUUCUGCCACAUUCCCAAUCGAUAUCCAACAAUUAGCUCGUGAUUUCUUAAAUGAUUAUGUCUUCUUAUCUGUGGGUAGAGUUGGUUCCACUUCGGAUAAUAUUACUCAAAAAAUCCUGUAUGUCGAGGAUCAAGAUAAAUACUCUGCCCUGCUAGAUUUAUUAUCCGCAACCAGUGAUGGCUUAACUUUAAUUUUCGUCGAAACAAAGAGAAUGGCAGAUCAAUUAACUGACUUCUUGAUCAUGCAAAAUUUUAGAGCUACUGCCAUUCAUGGUGAUCGUACACAAGCUGAACGUGAACGUGCAUUAUCUGCAUUUAAAGCUGGUACUGCAAAUCUUUUAGUUGCCACUGCUGUUGCUGCAAGAGGGUUGGAUAUCCCCAAUGUGACUCAUGUUAUUAAUUUUGAUUUACCAAGUGAUAUUGAUGAUUAUGUCCAUAGAAUCGGUAGAACCGGUCGUGCUGGUAACACAGGUGUUGCCACGUCAUUCUUUAAUGCAGGUAAUCAAAAUAUUGUUAGAGGCAUGAUUGAGAUCUUGACAGAGGCAAACCAAGAAGUUCCAGAUUUCUUAAAGGAAUUGUCAAGAGAUUCAGGAAGAAGUAGAAGUACAAGAGGCGGUGGCGGUGGCGGUGGUUAUUCCAACCGGGGCCAUGGUUCAAGAGAUUAUCGUAAACAUGGUAAUGGAUCAUUUGGAAGUUCCAACGUUGGUAGUGGAAGAAGUAAUGGCUCAUGGGGCUCUGGCGGCGGCGGUGGUGGUUUUAGAGGUGGUUAUGAUUCAAAUUCAUGGGGUAACAAUAGUGCUGAUAGUGGUAGAUCAUCAGGUAAUUCCUCCUGGUGGUAA